AUGGCUGACUCCGAGUACACUGAUGAUGAAAUGGAUUAUGAGAGUCCAUCCUCACAAGCUAUUGUCUUUGACGCGUUCCUGGCGCCAUUUCGCGCGCUGUUCUCCAGGACCGCCCUCCGCAUUUACCUCAACAUUUUCUUGUUCACCAUUGCCACACUCGCUCUUUUAGGUGUUUCGGGAAUCGCAUAUGCAAUAUUUUACCUCAGAUUCAUUCCCACGGUCGGGAUCGACCAAAACGUCCACCUACAGUUCGGUGACGGUCAUCCUUGGGGUACUGUUUCCCUUGAGCCCGAUUUUGUGCAUUCCCAGCCCUACGAUGUCGCCGUCGUGCUCGAAGUUCCUCCUACACCCUCCAACCUUGAUGUGGGCAACUUCAUGGUCGACCUCACUCUCCUCGCUCCUCCAUCCGGCUCUGGCCUAGCUGCCGUAUCAAAUAAACCGAAUCCAAUCCACCACUCUCGUCGACCGGCUAUCCUGACCUACACCUCUCCUCUCGUGGAUGUUGCGCGGCGAGUACUGCGCCUACCCUUGUACAUGGUGGGCUGGCAACGUGAAGCCCAGAUAUUGGAGGUACCGAUGAUGGAGAAGAUUGAAUUUAGGCGGGGCACGCGCAAUCUACCCCAAAGCCUCCGACUCGAACUCCAGAGCGAUGGAAAGAUGCAGAUUUAUUCCGUGCAAGUCGAGUUCCGAGCCCGAUUUACCGGCAUGCGAUGGUUCAUGUACCGCUGGAAAAUUAUGUCUUUUAUGAUAUUCAGUUCCAUGUUCUGGACCAUUUCGUUGGGCUCGGCCAGUUUGACUUGGUUCAUAGUGAGCUCGAUCUGGCAGUCGGGUACGCCAAAGGAAGAACUCAAGGAGGAUUCAGACGAUGAUUUGAAGAAUGACACCGAGACAGAAGAGACCAGCUCUUUGGAUGAAGUUGUCAAGGUGAAAGAUGAAGAAGUGGAUACUAAGUUGCUGCAGAGCUAUCCCGAGACAGGAAUUGAGGCCGUUGGAUCGGGCUUGGAGAGCGCAGAGGGCCGAGGAAUACAGAAACGGCGAAUGCAUUCACUCGAGGAGGAUCAGUGA